CUUUCCCUCUGCGGCCCUCAAUUCCCCGGUGUCUCCGGCCAUGGCGUCGGCCGAUCAACCACUAAAAAAGCGAAAGCUCUACGAUCCGUCACCAGAACCACCGCCUCCUCCUCCUCUUCAGAGCUUCUUCUCUCCUCCUCCUCCUCCUCCUCCAACUCCGCCGCCUCUGUCUCAAGACGAGAUCCUCCGGCGACAAAGCAAUCGUAAAGAGAUUCGAAAUCUAUACGAAUGCUAUCGAAGUAUUAGGUUUUGCGUCGAGAAGAAGGAUGCUCGCUUUAUGCCCGAUUUGGAGAAGGCCUACCUCUCUCUGAUCACUGCUUCAAGAGGUUGCACCAGUGUGCAACGCAUUGUAGCGGAGCUUAUUCCUCGGUAUGCUUCAUUCUGCCCUACUGCUUUGGAAGCUGCAGUUAAAGUGUCCAUCAACAUGUAUAAUUGGAGCUUUGCUAUAAUAAUGAGAGGAGAGGAUGUAGAUACUGUUGCGUAUCAGACAGCUAAGGCCUGCAUUUUUGGGCUUGUGGAGAUAUGUUGCACUGCGUCACAUGAAGCGCCAACAUCAUCUGUUAUUAGUGGUAUCUGUUCUGCAGUUUUCGAAAAUGUGCUUACAUUUUUCACUUCAACCUUUGAGGGCAACGAUAUAUAUCAAAUAGGUUAUAGUGAACUUCAGAAGCUUCAAGAACCGAUUGAAUUCUUUUGCGAUCUGAAGCAAGAGCCAGCAGACAAAAAUGAACCUCCAUUGCAUAAAUUAUUCAAGUUUCGAGCACUUAGCUUGCUACGCAUAUUUCUUACUUCUCCCCAGAACCUACUUUCUGCCUGUUUUGAGCUCCUUGUUGCCAGUGGAACUGAUACUGUUCAUCGUAAUGGAGGACAAUACUUUCUUAGUCAGUUGACAAGUCAAUUGAAUGAAACUGAGGUAACUCAUUCAUCGAACAGGAUAAGUGAUGCCACUCCACUUUGUACUGAUUCUGCUCAGUGUGACACAGAACACAGAGGAUCUGAAGAAGCGAAUCCUGUAUCAAAUGAUAAUAACAAUCUGGAGAAACCAUUGCUGUUAUCUAAGAACUGUUUUAUUGAAAUGGCUUUACAUAGGGAACCAUCCUUAAGAAAUUGGUUGCUCUGGAGGUACAGGAAAUUUUGUAAAUCUUUCAGUUCUGAAGAUAUUUCAGAGAUCACAUCUUUUCUGGAGAAAAUAUUUGGAUCUCUAUCUGAUGCAGUUAAGGAAGCUGGCUUGGAGGACAACAAUGGGGAUAAUCUUGGUUCAUCGAAAUAUAUUGGGGUUACAUAUGAAGACUACAAUCGUCCUUCCCAGCACAGUGACAAUGCUGAGGCAUCUGAUGGUGAGCAAUCCUUGGGGGUGCAUAAUGUUGCUGCUGCUGGAACUGGUGCAGGUCAAAAUUUGAAACCUCACAAAACAUGGCUUUCCAACAAGGGUGAUUCCCAAUCACAUAUUGGAGGUUUAGCUCAUGAGGGAGAAAGUUCAACGUCCAUGUCGAAUUUGGAGACUGGGAACUCUGCAGAUUUGUGUCCCAACGAGUUGUCUCCAAAGGGCAUGACAAACAGACAAUUUAUUCCUUCAGUCAUUAGGAGGCAAGCAGAUUUCAAAAAUGACGACUCUGACACAAGAAUUCAUGCCAUUGAGGUGGAGAAGGUUCACAAUUCAAAUAUUGACCGUGGAUUGCCAGCAAAGGUAUCUGCUUCUGGAGGUUCCCCUAAUGUUUUCCCAUCACCUAGGCAGCAUCUAUUUUCACAGCAUCAAAUUUCAUAUAGUCAUAAUUUUUGGUGCUGUGAUGGGGAUCCUUCAGCUAUGGAUGUUUUCACGGCUUCUAAGCAACUUUGGGUAGGUUCUCUUGGUCGUGAUGCCUCUGAAACUCUAGUUCAAUUGCAAUUUGAGGAUUUUGGUCCGCUGAUGCAGUUCAUCUCUGUUCCUGUUAAAGGUUUUGCUUUGAUUGAGUACAGAAAUAUAAUGGAUGCUGUGAAGGCACGUGAAUAUAUGCAUGGUUCUGCGCCAUGGGGUGGUAGCCUUAGAAUUAAAUUUGUAGACAGAGGAGUAGGUAGUCGAGGAAUUUCUGACCAUGUUGCUGUUGGUGAUAGCUGUCAUGUUUACGUCGGUAAGGUGUCAACCCAAUGGGAAAAAGACCAGAUAUUGCAUGAAUUGAUGAUGGCAGGAAUCAGGAAACCACACAUCACUGAUCUUGUAAGCGAAUCUGCCCUGCUCUUGGAAUUUAGGAGUGCUGAAGAAGCAGCUAGUGCUGUGGCACACAUUAGGUAUCUUCGCAGGGGGACUUGGCAUCACACUUGUCCUGAUAGAGUAGAUAAUUCUGGAGCUGCCAACCAUAUGGUAUUCUCACCACCUGCUGUCUCCAUACACAACAGCUCCACUAGCAGUUCCAUGGCCCAAAACACGAAUGCUUCCGGGUAUUUUCCAUCUCGUGAAAUUAUUUAUCCUGCUGGUAUGGAUAUUAAGCCACCAAACCCCUAUUCCAGUUCUUUUACGUAUAAACCUGAGGGCAGCACUCAUGAACUUGUAUCCCCAAGAUUAAAGAUGGAAAAGCAUGCGACUCAAGCGCACAGUGGACAUCAAUUUCAGUCAAACUGGGCCAUGACCAGUAGAACAGAAAUGCUGGAAGUUGGAUCAGGAAAAGUCAAUGAUUCUGGAAGGAACACUACAAUGGACCAUUCAUUUGCAGGUCCUGUGAACCCUCAUGCUGCAGAGCUAGUUUGGCAAUACAACAAGCAAGAGGUCGAGCCACAAAUGUCAACACAAGUAAUUCAGCCAAGCCCUCCAACUAUUGGGCCUAGUGGUUCCAUGAUGCCACCACCAAUCCAAUCCACUUCAUUUGUUCGUCCUGUAUACUUCAAUCCAACCAAUUCCUGGGAAACUUCUGUGCACAAUCCUUCUAUUUCUAAUCAAAUUUCUUCAGGCAUGAUACACACUGAUAAUCAUCACUUUAAUUCACGUCCAGCUGUUCCAUUUAUACCUUCUUCUGUAACUCCAGUUUCACAGCUGCAUGGAUGUUCCAUGCAACAGACUGACCAAAUGGUUACAGUUCCAUGUUUGUCAAGUCUAAUGCCACCUCCACCUGAUGUACCACCUCCUUUGCCUUCUUCUCCACCUCCAUUGCCACCUCCUCAGCCUCCCUCUGUUCCACCUCCUCCCAGCUCUCCUCCACAAUCUGUCCCUGAACCGUCUACUUUGCAUCUUGGAGAGCCCCGUGUGCACCAGUGGCAAGGUGCUCUUACUAAAAGUGGUGUUCAUUAUUGUGCAAUUUAUGCUACUCGAGAAGACUCUGCUAUUUGUAGAUAUUCAAAUGCCGCCUCUGAACCUGCAAACUGGCCUGCUAGCUUAGAUGUUACAAAACGUACAGACAUCCGUCAUGUGAAGACAACUUUUUCUAGCACUCGGCCUCAUAGAAGAGAAGUUUGUCGUUUGCUACCUUCUAGUACAAGUGAACUCAAAGGCUUCCAUGAUUUCAUAUCGUAUCUGAAGCAAAGGGAUUGUGCCGGGGUGAUCAAAGUUACAGCAGGUAGAUCCCUUUGGGCAAGAUUACUCUUCAUUCUCCCCAACUCGGCGGAUACCUGCUCAUUGUUGGGCAUUUCACCACAUCCAGCUGACUGCCUCAUUGCACUGGUCUUGCCAAAGGAUACAAACACUGAUGGAGCAUAGUCUUUAAACCAUGAAGUUUUGUAUUAUCUGAGAGUUUUUUUAUCUAUAUCAGAGAAGAACACAUGUAUAUACUGGACUAUUGUUGUGAUGUGUGUAUUCUUAAGGUAGGUAGAGUUGAGUAAAUAUCCUCGGAAAGUGUAGUCGAAGAAUUUAAACUUAUCAUCUUCCAUGUCGUUUUGUAUGUACGAUAUUGUAGUGUAUGAAAUUUUGUCAUGCAGUUGUUGAGA